AUAAACCAAACAAGAGGAGUAAGAAGAAGACGCACGUCUGUUAGCUUCCGAAGCUAAAGCAAGUUAGCUGUAAACGUUGAAAACUCUCCUCGGAUCAGAUCGGACUUCACGCUGUAAACUUUUAAUACGUUUCUCUAGACGCGCGAAAGAACGAAAAAACCCCGGAAGAAAUGCGGAGUUAGCGCAAAAAGUCCAACAGCUAGGUUUGUUUAGUGAAACAGCGGCUAACUGCUGCUAAUGAAGAGAUAUUCGAGUUAUAACAAAAUAGUAAAAAUAAUAAAUUAGUGAUUUAAAAGAAGAGAAGAAACGAGUCAAAGUGCUGGAUGCUGUUUGAAAGCCUAAAGUUCGCUGAUACAGAACAGACAUGCAGCAAUCCAUAGUGAGUAAAGAUGUUCUCCCUAAGCAGCAGGAAUGGAAUCAAUGUCUCGUCCAAAAGGACUCAGAGCCUCCUAACAUUAAAGAGGAACAGGAGGAACUCUGGAGUGACUCUGAAGAAAAACCACAGUUACCACUACUUCAUCAAAGCAAGAGAGAUGAGAGUACAGAAGUGGAGCUUCUCGCGAGUUUUUCCACUGAGCACAGAACACUGAAAAUAGGAGCUAACGGAGAGGACUGUGGAGCAUCGCAACCAGCCAGCAACUCAGAUGUACAACCACAUACUGAUGGUUGGUCGUCUGGUAAAACCAUGGCCGAGUCCGCCACACCAGAGGAGAAGUGCUCCCGGAAAAAGGCACCUACGUUCUCCAAAGCGGAGGAAGCUCUCCUUUUGGGGGAAUAUGAGCGACGUAGGGGUGUUCUUGAGCGUUCCAAAGGAACAAAAUCGGUCCUAGCUGCCAAAAGACGGGCUUGGAAGGAGAUUGCAGUGUCCCUCAAUAGCUUCAAUGUAAAUGCUGUACGCUCCUGGGAAGAUGUCAGGAGAAAAUAUAAAAAUAUCCUGCAAUCAGGGAAAAAAAAGAGAGACAUCAGUGCUGGUACUGGUGGUAGCCCUACACAAGUCCUCACAGAGACUGAAGAGAAGACCAUCAGCCUGAAUGAGGCCCAGGACACCAUCAUCGUCCUCGCGUCAGGAAAAGAGGGUGCUCUCUCAGCAGUUGACGUCAUGAAUCCAGUGAGCAUUAUGGACCUUGGAUUCCAAAUACUUGAAAAUGGCUGGUCCUCUGCUACAACCAUGGCUGAGUCCGCCACACCAGAGAAGUGCUCCCGGAAAAAGGCCCCUACGUUCUCCAAAGCAGAAGAAGCUCUCCUUUUGGAGGAAUACGACCGACGUAGGGGUGCUCUUGAGUGUUCCAAAGGAACAACAUCAGCCCUAGCUGCUAAAAGACGAGCUUGGGAGGAGAUUGCAGCAUCCCUCAAUAGCUUCAAUAUACGUUCCUGGGAAGAUGUCAGGAGAAAAUAUAAAAACAUCCUGCAAUCAGGGAAAAAAAAGACAGACAGCAAUGGUGGUAUGGGUGGUGACCCUACACAAGUCCUCACAGAGACUGAGAAGACCAUCAGCCUGAACGAGGACCAGGACACCAUCAUCGUCCUCGAGUCAGGAAAAGACGGUGCUCUCUGUUGGUCAUCUGCUACAACCAUGGCAGAGUCCGCUGCACCAGAGGAGAAACACUCCCGGAAAAAGGCCCCUACAUUCUCCAAAGCGGAGGAAGCUCUCCUUUUGGGGGAAUACGAGCGACGUAGGGGUGUUCUUGAGUGUUCCACAGGAACAUCAUCAGCCCUAGCUGCCAAAAGACAGGCUUGGGAGGAGAUUGCAGUGUCCCUCAAUAGCUUCAAUGUAAAUGCUGUACGCUCCUGGGAAGAUGUCAGGAGAAAAUAUAAAAACAUCCUUCAAUCAGGGAAAAAAAAGACGGACAGCAAUGCUGGUACUGGUGGUGUCCCUACACAAGUCCUCACAGAGGCUGAGGAGAAGGGAAUCAGCCUGAACGAGGCCCAGAACACCAUCACUGUCCUCGAGUCAGGAAGAGACAAUGCUCUCCCAGCAGUUGACAUCAUCAAUCCAGUGAGCAUUAUGAACCUAGGGUUCCAAAUACUUGAAAAUGAUACAGUCACUAAACCUCCAGCAGAAACACCAGCCACAAGCUCCCACACCAAGAAGGUUGAUGAUGCUUGGCAGGAGUAUCUUCAGUGCAGUAUUGAUGCUAAGAAAGCACUCCUGCCACUGCAGAUGCAGUUUUAUAAAUCUGCUGCCCGGUACUUCGACAGCCAGACAGAGUUGGCCAACAUCAAAAUUAAAGUCAACAAAAAGAAAUUAGAUGAAGAGUAAAUCAAUGUAUAAUAGUUUAAUUGAUGUUAUGUUGCAUAGUAUGAUUUUUUUAAAAUUCAGUCUUAGAUGAACAGAGCCACCUGUGCCUUAGCAGCACUUGAAUCCACGUGAAGUGGAGCCACGGCUUCAUAAACGUUAAGAGUUUUAUAAAGUUACAUUAGAAAUGUGUUAUGUGGAACUUCAGUUAUUUAGAAAUCAAAAUUCUACAUUGUACAAUCAGUUACGCUACCAAUUCUACUGUACUUGUAACAAGUUUCAAGCUAUGCCAAAAUGUGCAGUAACAUCUGGGAAAUUCUGUGAUUUAUUAAUGUGUAAUAAUAAAAUUGAAUUUGGCACU